AUGAAUAUACAGAACAUUUCUAUAGUGCUCAGCCCAACUGUGCAGAUCAGCAAUCGAGUCCUGUAUGUGUUUUUCACACAUGUGCAAGAACUCUUUGGAAAUGUGGUACUAAAGCAAGUGACGAAACCUCUGCGAUGGUCUAACAUGGCCACGAUGCCCACACUGCCGGAGACCCAGGCGGGCAUCAAGGAGGAGAUCAGGAGACAGGAGUUUCUUUUGAAUUGUUUACAUCGAGAUCUGCAGGGUGGAAUAAAGGAUUUGUCUAAAGAAGAAAGAUUAUGGGAAGUACAAAGAAUUUUGACAGCCCUCAAAAGAAAACUGAGAGAAGCUAAAAGACAGGAGUGUGAAACCAAGAUUGCACAAGAGAUAGCCAGUCUUUCAAAAGAGGAUGUUUCCAAAGAAGAGAUGAAUGAAAAUGAAGAAGUUAUAAAUAUUCUCCUGGCUCAGGAGAACGAGAUCCUGACUGAACAGGAGGAGCUGCUGGCCAUGGAGCAGUUUCUGCGCCGGCAGAUUGCCUCAGAAAAAGAAGAGAUAGAACGCCUCAGAGCUGAGAUUGCCGAAAUACAGAGUCGCCAGCAGCACGGCCGGAGUGAGACGGAGGAGUACUCCUCCGAGAGCGAGAGCGAGAGCGAGGAUGAGGAGGAGCUGCAGAUCAUUCUGGAAGACUUACAGAGACAGAACGAAGAGCUGGAAAUAAAGAACAAUCAUUUGAAUCAAGCAAUUCAUGAGGAGCGCGAGGCGAUCAUCGAGCUGCGCGUGCAGCUGCGGCUGCUCCAGAUGCAGCGGGCCAAGGCCGAGCAGCAGGCGCAGGAGGACCAGGAGCCUGAGUGGCGCGGG